UACCCAUUUGUCAACAUUGUAGGUUUAUACCAUUGCUAAAUUUAUCAUUGACUUGUAGAUUUUUGCAAGCAACUGAAUUUUAAGCUUACUUAUCAGAGCCACUACCAAGUCGGAAUAAUACACCGAGUAAAAGCAUUCAUUUAGCCUGGCCAAUACAACUCAUAGUUAUACGUUGAAUAAAAGCAUUCCUUUAUCAGGAGGCACUCUCAGCUCAUAUCCAAUUGACCCCCUUGCUGUUUUAUGAUUAUGUAUUUUCAAGCGAAUUUGUUAUGUUUGUUGUUUGCUCACAGUCAGUAUGCGGCUGAUAGGCCUUGAAUAAAAAUGAUUAGCAGUCCUUUGUUGGUGCUCACUGGUUGUGUGAAGGCAGCGAAUGGGAGCAUACCAACAAAACUAAUAAGCCAAACUUUUUUCCAAGGGAAUCGAUUUUUCACUACCCAAAUUCUCUGGUCUCAAUUUUUCAAAUUUUUGUCGGGGAUUGUUGCGGGCUAAUUUUUUUAAAUUUUUGCUUAACCCUAGGGUCUCUUGAUUUUUAAAUCUGCCCGCCCUCCUUGGUCUUACCAUACCAGUUACAACAUGUAGCCUCAAGCCACUACUGCCACAGUGUGCACCCUGUAUGGUUUGAACUCUCUGGAAUUGAUAGAAGCACAUCGACUGUCAUCUGCUCAUACAGUAGUCCUGAAUGAUCAAAAAUCUUACUUUUUUAUGAUGAGAAGCAUACAAAUUCAGUUCAUUUGCAGUCCCAUUCAAAGCAUUGUCUGCCAAGCUAGGAGCAAAGUCAACAAUUCUGUGGCAAAAGAACCGAAUUUCAUGAACCUGAAAGAGUAAAGGAAAGGAACAUGGACACUGUGGAGGCCAACAUUAUUAUAAAUCAUGAUUUUUCAGAUGGUCUUCUAUCUUGGCAUGCAAAUUCUUGCAAGGUCUUUGUCUCUGAUAAUUUAAGCUAUGCUAAAGAAAUAAAGGCAGAAUCAGGAAGCCAGUAUGCUGUUGUAUCAAAUCGAACAGAAUGCUGGCAGGGUUUGGAACAAGAUAUCACUCCAAGAUUGUUGCCACAUGUGACAUAUAAUGUUUCAGCACUUGUUCGUAUAUGGGGAUCUACUCAGAAAACAGCUAAUGUAUUGGCGACCCUUAAACUAGCAGACCCAAAUUCUGCCCCAACUUUCUUAACAAUUGGAAGAACGACAGCUUCAAAGGAAAGAUGGGAAAAACUUGAAGGAACUUUCUCACUAAAGAGCAUUCCAAACCAGGUUAUAUUCUAUAUGGAAGGGCCUUUGCCUGGUAUUGAUCUUCUGAUUGACAGAGUCCAUGUAUUUUCCGCAACUAAGGCUAAGGAAUUGUUACAGGAUGAAGCUGGCAAAAGGAGAAUGCCUGGUGCAGUGGAAAAUAUAAUUGUGAACCCAAAAUUUAAUAUGGGGCUCCAUGGAUGGUUUGCCAAUUCAUGUAAUGGUUCAAUUUAUUCAGAUUAUUCUGAGGAUUCUAAAGUAGAACCAAAUCUAUAUGCAGUUGUAUCUAAUCGAAGAGAUUCUUGGCAAGGAUUAGAACAAGAUAUUACUGGAAGGAUUAUGCCGAAUGUGCAAUACCAUGUACUAGCAUAUGUCCGAUUAGAAGGUCCACCACAAUCAGCGCAUUCUGUACAGGCAACACUUAAGCUGGAAAACAAGGAUGCAUCUCCAAAAUUUUUGUCAAUUGCAAGAGUCAAAGCUUCUGUUGAGAAGUGGGAGAAAUUGGAGGGAACAUUUUCUUUGAAAAUUAUUCCUGGUAAAACUGUAUGUUACUUGGAAGGACCUCCAGCUGGGUUCAACCUUCUAAUCAAAAGUGUAGAGAUAUUUCCAGCUUUAACAAAUUCCCUUUUAACUUCAAUGCAAGACUGCAUGGGUUCUGAUAGGUUUUUGAAGGGAGAAAUCAAUAACAGAUUCAACAAUGAGCAUUGUAGCAUUAUACAGAAUCCUUUGUUUGACGAUGGGCUUAAUCACUGGACUGGAAGAAGCUGUAAGAUUGUGCUUCGUGAUGUGGCAAAAGAUGAACAUCUUCCAUCAGGGGGGAAACAUUAUGCUUCUGCAACAGAGCGAACACAAACUUGGAAUGGAAUUCAGCAAGACAUAAGUGGCCGUGUUGAAAGUAAGUCUGUUUUAGAAGUAUCAGCAUAUGUUCGGAUUACUGGCAGUGUUCAAUCUGCAGAAGUACGAGCCACUCUAUGGGUACAAACUGCAGACCUACGUGAGCAAUAUAUUACAAUGGGAAAAGUGCAGGCAUCGGUAAAGGAAUGGGUACAAUUGCAGGGAAGGUUCCUUCUAAACCCUGAACCUGCCAAAGCUGUAGCUUUUCUAGAAGGGCCACCCGCUGGCAUUGAUAUUCUUGUUGACAGUUUCUUCAUCAACCCUGCAAAAAAAAUCCCCCCUUCACCUCGUCCUAUAAUUCAGAAUCCUGGUUAUGGGCUGAACAUUGUGGAGAAUAUCAAUCUUUUUGAUGAUCUGAAAGGGUGGUUUCCUCUAGGUCCAUGCUCUCUUAAAGUAGCCACUGGUUCACCUAAUAUAUUGCCUCCAGCAGCAGGUGAAUCACUUGGAUGGCAGCAAUCUCUCAGUGGUCGCUAUAUUCUUGUCACAAAUCGGAGUCAAAACUGGCAGGGACCCGCACAAAUAAUAACAGAGAAACUAAAGUUGUUUAUAACAUAUCAAGUGUCCGCCUGGGUUCGUGUAGGCUCUGGUGGAACUGGGUCACAGAACGUCAAUGUUGCACUUAGUGUUGACAAUCAGUGGGUUACUGGAGGUGAAAUGGAAGCUGAUGUGCAUGAGUGGAGAGAGGUUGCAGGGUCAUUUAGGUUAGAGAAAAAGCCAUCAAAUGUAAUGCUUUAUGUGCAGGGUCCUUCACCUGGGGUUGAUUUAAUGGUAGCUGGGCUGCAGAUAUUUGCUGUUGAUGGAAAAGCACGUUUUGAGCAUCUCAAGAAACAAACUCAGAAGCUACGUAUGCGUGAUGUGAUACUCAAAAUAUCAGGACAAGAAGUGAAAAAGUGCCCAGGUUUGUGUGUCAAAGUCAAGCAGACCUCCAAUAGUUUUGCUUUGGGGACCUGCAUAAACAGAAGCAGCAUUGAUAAUGAAGACUAUGUUGCCUUUUUUGUGAAGAACUUUAACUGGGCUGUUUUUGAAAAUGAAAUGAAAUGGCCAUGGACUGAGCCACAGAAGGGGCAGCACAAUUAUCGGGAUGCAGAUGAUCUCACUGACCUCUGCAAGUGCCACGGUAUCCAAAUUAGAGGACACUGCAUAUUCUGGGAAGAUCAAUAUGCUGUACCACAAUGGGUUAGAACAUUAAAUAAGGAACAGCUACAAGCAGCAAUAAAAGAUCGCAUUGUUAGUCUGCUUUCUAGGUAUUCUGGUAGAUUUCAACAUUUUGAUGUAAACAAUGAGAUGUUGCAUAAUUCAUUCUACCAAGAUAGGCUGGGAAAGCAAAUCUGGGCUUCUAUGUUUAAAAUGGUUCAUGAAUUGGAUCCAUCAGCAACUUUGUUUGUCAAUGAGUACCAUGUGGAAGAUGGUCGUGAUGCCAGAUCUUCUCCAGAGAAGUAUAUUGAUCAUAUUGUGUAUCUCCAGACACAAGGUGCACCAGUUGGGGGGAUAGGAAUACAGGGUCAUUCUUCUUAUCCUGUUGGCUCCAUUAUAUCUUCUGCUUUGAAUAAAUUGAGUGUUCUAGGCCUUCCUAUCUGGUUUACAGAGGUAGAUGUUCAUUCGGUUAAUGAAUUUGUUAGAGCAGAUGACUUGGAAGUUGUUCUUCGUGAAGCUUUUGCACAUCCAGAUGUUGAAGGUGUUUUGCAUUGGGGUUUUUGGGAACUAGCUAUGGCUACACAGCAAGCACACCUAGUUGACGCAGAUGGGACCAUCAAUGAAACAGGAAAGAGAUUUCGUGCCCUCAAGAAAGAGUGGACUACAAAGUUAGAGGGUUUCACAGAUCAUCAAAAUCAAUUUCAAUUUCGAGGCUUCUAUGGGGCAUAUGAAGUGGAAGUUUCAUCGCUUUCAAAAAAAGUAAAACACAAGUUUGUUGUUGAUAAAGGUGAUACUCCUUUGGUGAUAGAGAUUUGUUUUUGAACACGUAUCUUCUACUUCUCUCCUUAUCCUAGAGAAAUUCAACACCAUAGUUUUCUUCAUUUUCUUAACCGACCUGUCAUGCAUCGUUCCUUAUAGCUUGCUGCAAUAAAAGCUUGCUUGCCACAAUAAAGGAUUGGACUACUAAAGUUCUUACAAUCUAUGCAACUAUAAGUUCAAACUCAUCAUGGCCUCUUUGGUGAACAAUCUCAUUGUACUGUUUGUUUCUCUGUAAGUCACACAUUUCAGAUACAUAAAAAAGCAAUAAAUCAUUCUCAUCAUGGCCUAUGUUUGCAUACAA